GAAUAAACUUUUUCUCCACCAUAAGAAGCACCGACUUCUUUGAUUAUACUCUCAACUGUACUCACUUUCUCCUUCGCUCCGCAACAGUGUUUGUUGCAAUCUCCGUGGACCAGAUCGGAAACUGCAAUUGCCGGCAGCUGGACUGUUGUACAUGGGCACCAGGAUAAUCACGGUGGCGCAAGAAGGCGCCGCCGAUUACCGGACCGUUCAGGAAGCGAUAGACGCGGUCCCACUCAGCAACACGUGCCGCACCGUGAUUCGCAUCGCACCCGGCGUUUACCGGCAGGUGCUGUACGUGCCGAAGACCAAAAACCUCAUCACGCUCGCCGGAAUCCGCCCCGAGGAGACGGUGCUCACGUGGAACAACACCGCCGUCAAAAUCGACCACCACCAGGCGGCGCGUGUGAUCGGAACCGGGACGUUUGGCUGCGGGAGUACGAUCGUCGAGGGGGAGGAUUUCAUUGCUGAGAACAUCACCUUCGAAAAUUCAGCUCCCGAGGGUUCAGGGCAGGCUGUGGCAAUUAGAGUGACGGCCGAUCGUUGCGCAUUCUACAAUUGCAGAUUUCUUAGUUUUCAGGAUACUCUGUAUUUGCAUCACGGGAAGCAAUAUUUGAGGGAUUGCUAUAUUGAAGGAAGUGUAGACUUCAUUUUCGGUAACAGCACCGCUCUUUUGGAGCAUUGUCAUAUUCACUGCAAAUCCCCGGGUUUCAUAACAGCUCAAAGCAGAAAAUCUUCCCAAGAGACGACUGGAUAUGUAUUCUUGAGAUGUGUGAUUACUGGUAAUGGAGGGACACAGUACGCAUAUCUUGGGAGACCGUGGGGACCGUUUGGUAGGGUGGUCUAUGCAUACACAUACAUGGAUGGUUGUGUUAAGCAAGCUGGUUGGAAUAACUGGGGGAAUACUGAGAAUGAAAGAAGUUCUUGCUUUUACGAGUACAAGUGCUUUGGGCCAGGUAGCAGCCCGACGAAGCGUGUGACGUGGGCGAGAGAAUUGAUAGACGAAGAAACAGAGCAGUUUCUUGGACAUAGUUUUGUUGAUCCAGACACACAGAGGCCUUGGUUGGCUCAGAGGAUGGCUGUGAGGAUACCAUAUUCAGCAUAAUUUAGGAUAUGUGACUGAAGUUGUUACUUUUUUGUUUUGUACAAGGAUGCAAUAAUAAUUUCGGACGAAUGAUUUAUUCGAGAAAAUUGAAACCUUCAAUUCGCAAUUGCAUUUAGGCGGUGUUUGCAAAAGCUUUUGAAAAGUGAUUCUGA